AUGGUUAUUCUUUUUUUGCUCGUUAUAUCAACAAUGCUUCGUGCAGCAUUCACCGAUCCUGGCAUUAUUCCACGAGCUUCUGCAGCGGAGAUUUCUGAGUAUAAUCUAAUAAAAAAGAUGGCAAAGACUCCUGAAGAACGAGAGUUGCUAAAUGAAAGGAUAGUUAACAUUAAUGGCUGCGGUGUUCUAGUCAAAUUUUGUAUUACCUGUAAAAUUUUUAGACCGCCUCGUAGUUCGCAUUGCAGUAUUUGUGACAAUUGUGUUUUGAAUUUCGAUCGUAAACAUUUUUCUUUUGAAGGUUUAAAUUUCAAAUAUUUAGAUCAUUGCCCAUGGAUUGGUAACUGUGUUGGAGCACGAAACUUUCGUCAUUUUUAUCUUUUUAUUACUUUUGUUGCUGUCACAAGCUUUUUUGCAAUUAUUUGUAUUUGUUUGCAUUUUUAUUUGGUAAUGGCUGAAAAGGAUGGCGCGUUUCUAGAUUCACUUUUGGACAACCCAAUUCCUGUUGUAUUAAGUAUUUUUUGA